AUGACGCAACUACACUACCGUUUCACCUCUCUUCUUCUGCUUCUUGGCCUUGCCAUCGCUGCCCCCGGUAGAAUUGCCAACCCUCCCGAAUCGACGGCGUUUAGGCUCCCAGUCAGCAAUGCCAAUGUUGCCGUCACCAACAUGAUCCCUAACCGCUACAUUGUCGUGUACAACAAGGAUUUCAACUCAACAUCCAUCGACGCCAAAGAGGCAUCCUUUGCUGCCGCCCUCAGAAAACGCAAUCUCGGCAAGCGUGGGCUCGGCGGCAACCCUCUGUCCACUGAAGUCAACUCGCUCAGCAUGAACAAGUGGCGCGCCAGCAUCCUGGAUGCCGACGACGACAUGUUCAUGGAAAUGUACAACUCGGAGGAAGUCUCUUACAUCGAGGCUGAUACACGGGUUCACACUCAGGUCGUCAUUUCACAGAUCAACGCCCCUCCUGGCCUUGCUCGUCUCUCCCACGCUACCAAUGGCCCUAGCAACUAUCUGUUCGACGAGUCUGCCGGCCAAGGUGUUACUGUUUACAUUGUCGACACUGGCAUUCUCCCCUCUCACGUCGAAUUUGAGGGACGUGCCCGCUCGGCUGCCAAUUUCGUUAACCAAGUUGACACGGAUGAGAAUGGCCACGGGUCUCAUGUUGCCGGCACUAUUGGUGGUGCUACCUACGGUGUCGCCAAGAGAUGCGAACUUCUGGGCGUCAAGGUCCUGGACGCGAGUGGUGGCGGCGCCAACUCUGGUGUUCUGAAGGGUCUCCAGUUUGUCAUGAACGAUGUCGCUGAAAGGAACGUUAGCAAAGCCGUUAUGAACAUGUCUCUGGGCGGUCCGCGUUCGAGAGCCAUCAACACUGCCAUCUCGCAGCUUGCCCAAGCUGGCGUUAUUCCCGUCGUCGCCGCUGGCAAUGAGGACCAAGAUGCAUCCACCACAUCCCCUGCCUCUGCCCCCGACGCCAUCACCGUUGGUGCCAUUGACGUCAGGAACGAUGCCAAGGCCAGUUUCUCCAACUUCGGCUCUUCCGUCGCAAUCUUUGCCCCGGGUGUCAACAUUCUGAGUGUUGGCAUCGCCUCCAACACGGAUUCGAAGGUUCUCAGCGGGACCAGCAUGGCCUCCCCCCACGUCGCCGGUCUCGCCGCCUACCUCAUGGGACUCCGGGGUCUCGAUGAGCAGCAGCCCUCGCAGGUGGAGGAUCUGAUGAAGAACCUCGCCGGCCAGACGGGCGCUCGGGUUCGUGGCAACGAACAGGGAACCACCAACCGCAUUGCCAACAAUGGCAGCAGAUAG